UUUUUUGCGGAGUGAGUGUGACUGUGAGGAAUAGUUGUAUUUUUGCACUUUCCCCGGCAUUUAGGUAGUUUCUUGGACAGUCAUCCUGGUGGGCAGACUGCCGUGUAAGCAAAGGCCACAACAAACAUGUCUAUUGAGUUUUUGCAAGUGAGCGAGGAGGAGGGCGAGGAGCCCAUCGAGUUGCCGGUGGAAGAGGAUGGGACGCUACUUCUGUCAACACUGCAGGCGCAAUUUCCCGGCACGUGCGGCUUGAAGUACCGCAAUCCGGACUCGCGGGCUAUUCGCGGGGUGCGCCUGAAUGAGGGACGGCUGCACCCGCCGAUCCCGGAGAGCGGAUGGGGUUCACAGGUGUAUUUUUGCGUCUUCCCCAAAGCCGUUGCGUCUAUUGUAGAAAACAAGAGAAAGAGCGACGAUCAUCUGGAGAACUCUACGGCAAAGACGAAACGCAUGGAGACGCGCUUGAGAUGCACCGACCUGAUCGUGCUGGGCUUGCCGUGGAAGACAACGGAGCUGAGCUUGCGGGAGUACUUCGAGACAUUCGGCGAGGUGCUGAUGGCUCAGGUGAAGAAGGACAUCAAAUCCGGACAAUCCAAGGGUUUUGGAUUCAUCCGUUUCGGUUCGUAUGAGGCACAAAUGCGCGUCUUGGCGCAGCGUCACCUCAUCGACAAUCGCUGGUGUGAGGUGAAGGUGCCCAACUCGAAGGAGGGCAUGGUACAGCAGGUACCAUGCAAAGUGUUCGUCGGACGAUGCUCUGAAGAUCUGACAGCUGAUGAUCUGAGGGACUACUUCUCCAAAUUCGGCGAAGUGACCGACGUGUUCAUCCCAAAGCCCUUCCGUGCGUUCAGUUUCGUCACGUUCCUGGACCCGGAAGUUGCUCAAUCGCUCUGCGGUGAGGACCACAUUAUUAAGGGUGUGUCAGUAAGGGUGUCCAAUGCUGCGCCCAAGUCGGAACAGAAUCGCAAUCCAAACUACACGUCUGGACCACCGUCACACCAUCAACGUGGAUCUGUGCCACCGGAUCCGAGAAACCCCAUCAAUCGCCAGGAGAACAUCUCCUAUCCACAGAGUCGAGGAUAUAUGCCAAAUCCGCCGAUUCAGCACAACAACGGCUGGAACAAUCAGAACCGUGGGAAUUUGGACAUGCCUAACUUGCAAGCGCUGGGGAUAAAUCCACAAGGACAGAAUCCAUCAAAUCAAGGUCAAAAUAUUAAUAAUCCACUUGGUGUUGGAUUGAACAUAAAUGCGCUUCCUAUGAAUCCAGCCCUCGUGGCUGCCGCACUCAAUCAGUGGAGUUUGAUUGGGAAUCUGCAGAAUCAGAAUCAAGAACAGGGCUUUGGUGGCUCUGGUGGGCCCAAUGCACAGCCGGGAUCGUCUCAGGGAGGCAACUUCCUGUCGUGGAUGUCUCAGGGCGGUGGCGGCGGUGGGGACGGUCAGCAGGUAAACAAUCAAUUUCAGGGUGGUAAUCAACCCUGGUCGAGACAGCAAGGCGGCUCCGGUCAACCUGGUCCAGAUCACAAGCAGAAUUUCCUCUAAGCCACUGUCAAGUGGUCUCGAUGGUAGAGUUAUUGCGAGUGAGAGAAAGUAAGGCGAUUCGUAGUGUUUAAAGAAUGAUGUUUGGGUCAAUUGUCAAAUAUCCCUUUUUUAGUGGCUUUUGCGAUGACUUUUCCCCUUUCUUCUUGUCUUUCUUCUAGGCAUAGAUAGAAAUUUAUUGUGGAAAUUGUGGCUCUGUUUGUGACAUUGUAAGCGGGAUGCGCAAGACAAAACUGGGGGAAGUCUAUCUUUUUUUCUGUAAAUGUGGAUACAAGAUUGUUGGUAAAAAAAAGUGAGAAAGCGAGAGCGAGAGCGAACGAGCGAAAGAGAGAGGCACAGAAAUGGAGUUCUAUAUGAGACAAGAAAAAUUGUGAAAGUGUGUCUCAUGAUCAAUUUUGUUUCAAUUUUAUCUUUUUUGGCGUUAUCAAAUCAUAUGCUGAGAGGGGAAAUUAUGAUGUGUGCUUCCUUGGCGUAUCUGUUCUUGUGGGAGAGCGCGCGGUGGCGGAUGAGAAAGAGGAUGAAUUUGUCUUUCUUGAGAGUCAGCAGGGAAUCGCGAAAGGGAAUCAGAGCAUCUUUGUACAUUUAUUUCAUCCUCUUAUUAAUGAGAGUGUGGCCGAUGAAUCGUUUUUUUUCCACAUCAGUUCUUUUUCCCUAUCAUCACACAUUUUUAUUUAAAAUAUAAGUAUUUCUUAUUUGGAGAGUUGCUAUACUAUACAUGAGUUACUUGUUUGCAAGUGUUGUGAGUUCUAUAUAUGAUGAUUGUACCCAUAUGCUGAGCAAUGCUGGAAGAAAAAUUGUAAAAUUAAUUGACUUUGAGAAGAUUGAUGAUAAGAAAAAGUAGAUGAGAGUUGAAUAAUGAUGGCAAUUUUAUAUAAAUUGAUAACAAUAUACAAAACAAAAUACUAAUUGAUAGUUACUAAGGCAAAUUUAUAGAAAUUUUCCAUUGUGUAAAAGGAUUACUAUUUUACUCGUAUUGGAAACAAAUGAGAGAGAAUUUUUUCGGAUGAGAAUUGAUAUGACUUUUCUGAAUAUGAGAUGAGAUGUAUAGUCGUUUCUUCAUUUGUGAGGUGGACUAUGUAUAAUGUUUCAAUUUGUAGAAUUGGGAAGCGAAAUUGAGAGUAUAUAAAAUAUUAUUACAACAGAGCAAAGAGAGAGAAAUGUAUGAGGAAAUAUUGUUAGAAGGAUGAAUGGGAUUCUGUUGUAAUAAUGUUAGAUGACAACAAAAAAACCUACAAAUUUUAUUCAUAAUUACAAUAAAAUAUUCUUGAUGUCUGCACAUGAAAGAA